AUGAGAUGUUUAAUAAAGAAGACAAGAUAUCUGCUAAUUAUUAUCCUACAGGAAAUUGCAGAAAAAUAACAACCAAGUAAACAUAAAUUUUAAUUAAAAAUUAGAAACUAAUUAUCUUCUAUUUCUUUAAAUGUAGAUGAAAUUAUUGAAAAAACUUCAUUAUAGCAAAUUUGUAUUUGACAUUAUUUUUUUAUUAAACUAAAAACUGGUAACGAUUAAAAUAAGGAUUAAUUCUAUCAAGUUUUCAACUUUUAAUUUCACAAAUAAGAGGGAAAUAUUUAUCAAAGGCAUAAAAAAUGGAGCUUAAAACUGCUUAUAGGAACUACACGACUACGAUUGUUAUGAUAAACCUAAAUUUUCAACCCUGAAAAUGCAAUUAAAUCCUUUAAGACACCUAAAUAUGAAAAAGAUUGGAAUGAUUAUUUUAAGUAAAGGUUUUAUAAUUAAAUAGACACUCAAAGAAACUCUAUCCAUAAAAUUCCUCCUAAAUACAUAAAUAUGUUAAUGAUUUGA